CACUCCGAGGGAAACGAGAGUAGAUUGUUCGCUCGUUGAAUUCUCAGUCAUAAAGAAACUUCGGUGUGAGUGGGCGCGUGGAAAUCAUUCGAUUUCUUUAUUAAUUAUCGCUUCGAGUUCCAGUCGACACAAAUGACCGACUUGUUCUCUCAAUUUUUCCCUCAUUUACUGUGACCUCCAUCGACACUAAAUGGACUGACAAUGGCCAAUGAAUUACUCAGAUGACGAAUACUCUGGUGGAAAUUGUACCUUGGAGCCUCAUCAUUAACCCGUGGUCAUGAUAUUUUUCUUUUCACGCAAAUGUGAUACAUAUGCAUGAUCGGAAAACUGUGUCGGACUUCCGUCGUGGGGAUUUAAAGACUAGGGAGUUGUAGCUUUUAUUACGAUGGAGUGCUUAAGAAAAGUACUUCCGAAGAGGGGGCCGAGGCCGAUAGACAGCGAUCUAGAGAGCCCUCAGGAGCAAAGAGAAAGAUGGAAGAGCGUGUACAUAAUUUAUUUCACAAUGUUUCUCAUGUCCCUCGGGUUCAGCAUAAUUCUGACAGGGGUCUGGCCAUAUUUGGAUGGUUUAGAUCCAACAGCUGGAAAGAAAUUUAUGGGGUACGUUGUUGCAGCAAAUCCACUUGGGCAAAUGUUAUUUUCACCGUUGGUCGGUUGGUGGGGAAAUAAAAGAGGCUCUGUGCGAUUACCAUUGCUCGUAACUCUUGCACUUUUUGUUGCAUCCUCUGCUGUUUAUAGUUCGCUACAGAUCAUUCCAGGAUCACCAAAAGUGUGGAUGAUUGUGGCCAGGUUUGGGGUGGGCGUUAGUUCCGCGAAUAUUGCUGUCACGAGGUCGUAUCUUUCGGCAGCAACAACAGUAGCUGAGAGAACUCAGGCAGUUUCCAUGGUAUCUCUUGCUCAGGUCUUGGGGUUCGUAGUUGGGCCUGCACUUCAAGCUGCAGUUACCCCACUCGGUAAGGAAGGUUUCACACUGAUGGGAUUGCCGAUAAACAUGUACACGGCGGCCGGGUGGAUAAAUGUGUUCCUGGGAAUCAUAAAUUUCGCCCUAUUCUUGCCGCAAUUUUUUAAGGAGCGAAAAAUUGCGGCACGAGAGGCUAUGAAGGACCAAGGAAAGGCGACUGAGAAAGAAGCGUGGAAAGCUAUCAAACCAGAUUAUGUGGGAGCUUGGAGUCUGAUCGCCGCUUUUGGAAUUCUAGUCUACAAUUUUGUUUUAUUAGAAACGCUCGGAACGCCGCUGAUACUAGAUAACUUUGGAUGGUCCAAGAAAGACGCAGUUAGUACAAUGGGGUUGAUGAUGAGCGUCGGUGCAGUAUUCGCGUGCAUUGCAUUUGUGCUGAUAGGGCCAUUGUGUAGGAGGUUCGACGAACGGAGGGUGUUGAUCUGGGGCGGAUUCUUCUUGAUGCUAGUGGGGAGGAUAAUCAUGGUUCCAUGGGGAAAAGAAACUCCAAUAAUUGCGGAACUAGACCCGAUUACAAACACAACCACCACUGUAAAUGGCACCGAAAUUGUUGGAUGCCCAGCAACUCAAGAGUGGUGUCGUUACACCCCCAUGAUGACUCCUGUCCAAUAUAUGAUUGGCUACGGUUUCACGACCAUCGGCUAUCCCAUAGGGGUGACCCUGAGUCAAACGAUAUUCAGUAAAAUUCUGGGUCCACGUCCUCAGGGCGUUUGGAUGGGAAUGCUAACUGGCACCGGUUGUGCCUCUCGUGUUCUGGGUCCAGUGUUCGUUGGCCAUGUCUACACUGUCUGGGGGACUUAUCACACAUUCGGAAUAACGGGAAUAACAUUAAUUGUGGGGAUAGUAUGGCUGAUCUGCGUUGACAAGCACUUAAUUUCGAAAGCAUCAGAAUUAAAAGAGGAAAUGAAUAAAAAUGGAACUGUUGAGGUGGAGGUACCACUUGUGAAGCCGGAGGGUCAGUCCAAGGAAAUUGAAAUGCAGAACUUGAAUGAGAGUACUGUGCACGAGAAAGACUGAUGUUAUUUUAUAUUUUGUUGAAAAUACGAUUAGAAAGAACAUGUACGUAAUUAUUUUUUAGAAUUUCAUCGCGUUGAGACAAUAUGAGAGCCAUAUUUUUGUAAUUGAUAAGUGAAUAUGAAGUGUUUUUUAAUGAUAAUUUUUCUUAUAACUGCGAACGAAACGAAAUAAGGAAUAUGUACAUAACUAUUUUUUUAGAAUUUUAUAAGAUGAAGUGCGACUAUGAGCGAUAUUUUUCUAUCUUUAAUAGAGUGAUUAAAAAUCUUAUCAAUCGUUGUGGGAUGAAUAUAAAAUUUUGGUGGUUAAAUAUACGAGCAAUUAUGAUGAA